CAGGCCAUAUCUCCACGCUUUAACUAUGCUCUUCCGUCGGCCAUUGGUUCGAUCGGAAAAGACUACUCUUCAAAUGGCAAAUAUUUCGAGAAAAAUGAUUUUUAAUCUUUCACUCUUGGCCCUUGACCCUCACCUACAGCCGUCGCUAUGAAGGAUCACAUCGUGCCACCGGCACACACCAUUGGCCACAUCUCCGACCUUCGGCCACCACUGGCGGCACACGUGCGCAACUUCAGCCACGUAGCGAGCACUAUCCCACCGUCGCCCACGUUUUUGCCACAAACAAACAAACAAACAAGUAA